CACCCCGCAAUACGCAGUCGUAGGCUGGCUCUACGGCACGAUUACAUCCCCUCUCAACAGCAGUAUGUACUCUACAAAUACAAAUAAAUGGCGGCCAAUCUGCGAAUUGGUUUGAGACAAAGCAAACAUAUUUCAACUUCAAGCGACGGUACUCUUCACAUUCAACCGUUGCUCCAAGCCCACCGCUGUUUUCACCGGGUGAUAGUUCUCAAUACCGUGGUUCUCCAGAGGUGCGGAGGAGUCACACACACUGGCUGUCUCCGAUAGGGUUGGUGUUUGUUCCAGUCGCUGUCGUGGAGGCGGCGAGCAGGGGCACCCGACAGAGCUCGCGAGUAGUCACAAGAAAAAUGGGUGUACAGCGCUGACGCCCUGAGGAGGGAUCUCGAAAACAUCCCCACACAGGAGGACAUUCCCCAGCUAGUAUCGGCCGUGAAGGACGUGUGCGAAGAGCAUGGGGUCAAGAUGGCCGUGUCCACCUCUACUAAGGAGAAGGGGGGCGGCCGACUGGUCUCGACGACGUUGCUAUGCGUACAUGGCAUGCCGCUGCGCAAAAAAACAGCAAGUAGUGGCAACAACACGAAGAGCCGGAAAAGCGACAGCCAGAGGACCGGCUGCGGCUGCAAGAUCAACAUUCGAUGGCCGAUAAAGACCGACGUCUACAAGCACCCACGGCUGACAACGAUGGAGUUGGAGCACCUGCACGCCGUCGACAAAGAGGCUGCGGAUGUUCAACAAGCACAGAAGGGACCAUUGACUACCCCAAUGAAGGCCACUUCAGCGAAGCUCACUGAUGCUGGAUUGAAACCGGCCGCGCAAGCGGUCGUCAUCGAGGCUCUGCAUGACCGAAGAGUGCACCCCCGGACCAUGCAGAACGAAGUCAUCCGACAUCGUGAGGACGCACACCCGUUCGACGCUCAAGACUUGUUGCAGAAGGUCCAGGCAUGCACAAAGGACGGAGGAGUGUACAAGGUCAAGCUCGACGAGAACGGACGUCUUUCUCACCUCUUCUGGAUGACAGCAGAGCAGAUUGCUCUUGCGAGCCGAUACGGCUCCGUACUCCUGUAUGAUGAUACGGCUGUCAAGAACCGGUAUCGUCUUCCUCUCGGUCUUGGUGUCGUAAUCGAUGGAGAAUACUUCUCGCGUAUUGUCUUCCAGUCACUUACGGUAGACACUACCGCAGUCACAUUUGAGUGGGUACUGGAGGAGUUCAAGGCUGCCCGGGGGGCGGCUCCUGAUAUGUUCCUGCAAGAUGCGGACGCGGCCAUGGGCCUGGCAGCGGAUAAGGUUUUCCCAGAUGCUAGGAAACGGCGAUGCAUGUGGCACCUUGGUCAAAACCUCAUGAAGAACCUGAAGAAGGUGCUGGGGUCAGCGUUCCAGGCGUUCCUCGAUCAAUUCUACAAGACUCGUGGCCGGCUCACGGAAAGUGGGUUCGAGGAGGAGUAUGCCAAGCUGGUCGAAACGUUCCCGAAGGCGAAGGAGUACAUGGCCUACCUUUACAAGGACCGCGAGCGCUGGGCAGUCUACAGCUCGGUCCUGGUCUUCAGUGCCGCCUCUUACACCACCAACAGGGUCGAAUCGAUGAACGCUCAGGCCAAACGUGUCUUGAACUCACAGGCAAGCCUGGUUCGUGUCUUCAAGUUCCUUUCCGAUGCCAUCGAGAAGCAAGCAGCCCGCGCAGAACUUCGCAGCGCCCAGCUACGCCUUCCAUCGGUGUCAACUCCGGAUACGGCCACGUACUGGUUCGGUGCGGCACUGACGACGCCGUGCAAGUUCGCGCUGGGCGUGUGGGCGUACAAGUUCAUGAUGGACGAGGUCGCCAUGUGCGCCACGUUCUGCUCGAGUCCUAGCAAUGCACUGCUUGAAGGGGCUUCCCGCGAUGACGCGCUGGGCAAAUUUGAGUACAUUGGUAUGAUGGUCGUUAACGUCGAGACUGUCGCUGUGAUAGUGGAGAACCACGACGGUACAGACAAACGAUAUAUAGUCCUGGGCAUGACGGACGGCAGCCACCUCUGCUCGUGCCGCACGCUGCAAGAAUUAGGUCUUUGCUGCAGGCAUUUUUGGGCGGCGAUGCGUCUUAGUCGCAGGUACAAGUUUCACGUUGGCAUCCUUAACCAGCAUUGGCUGGCCGAGCAGGGGCGGAAGCCCACGAGUGAGUGGCCAGAGGGGGCAAAGCCCACCUGGGCCGUAGCCCUAAACCACAAGGCCCUAUCUGAGGGCGAAAAACAGGCCCCGCUUGUCGCCACCGGCAGGCUGCAGUGUGCCACCGAGGGCGACGAGGGGGGAGGGGGAGCGGGGGCGGGGGUGCAGUGGGAUGCUGGUAACGUGACGAUUGAGUCUUCUCUAGUGCAACUGAAGGAGACCGGGCCCACCCCGCAAGACCGCCGAUUUCUCUACGUAGACUGCCUCAAGGAGGCAACAGCAGCUGUAAGCUUGGGGGUAGAGACUGUGCCUCCCGAAGCCCUGCGGGCACUAGUGCGGCAAUUUAAGCAGGGAGUGCACCAGGCGUCGAGGAUAGGAUCGUCCGCAGGAUUGGCGGUGGCAAAUCCAGCUGUCGUCCGCCUGCCGACGAGCAGAGACACCGGCAAACGAAAAAGGGCGUCUCACGAGGGGGGUGCUGUGGUUGGAGCGGCUAGACGGGCGUACAACCAAAGCUACAGUUAAUUGCAGGGCCCAUGCGUGCAGUGAGUGACACGCAUCGUAGAAGCCCCGGCGCUCGGCCCCACAUGGUUAGUCUCGGGCCGUCGUCGGCGUUCGUGUUGGUG